GCAGUCCAUUAGACCAAUCGAUAGCAGUAAAGAAUUGGAGAGUUUUUUACAAUCGAAACAAUAACCUAUCUCUACAAAAUGAAAUGUUGAGAUUAUUUGCCGGAUCAAUUUUUCGCAGGCUUACCAAAAUGGUCGAUACUAGGUUGGAUGCUGUUCCGAAUGUUGAAAUAGGAGAAGGAAUAUAUAAAUAUGUGCUAAUAAAAGUGUACGGAAAAGAUGAAAGCAAUCAUAAAAAUAUUGUCCGCGGUUAUGCAGACUGCCAAUGGCAUUCUGAUAUAUACGAUCGAUCUAGCGAAUCUUGUAAGGGAAUUGGAUUAGAAACGGAGUGUCUUGGCGGCGGGCGAAUUGAACACAAUCCAGAUUUAAAACUAAUAAAAGUGUAUGGAUAUUCACAGGGUUUCGGGAAAGCCGACCACGCUGAAACGAGAAGAAUUUUGCUCGAGAAAUUUCCGAAUUAUGAAAUUCAAAUAUCUGAUGAGGGAUACUAAUCUUAUCUGGUCUUUGAAAAAUAGAAGAUGAACAAAACAAAACAGCUUGUAAAACAGCAACAAUUAAGAAAAAUUUGUAUAUAUAU